AUGCCAUCCUCUGCCCCCAAACUCUCCACGCCGCUCACCAAGUUGUUCGGUAUCAACCAUCCCGUCAUGUUGGCAGCCGUCACGAACGCGGGGGGCAUUGGCGUCAUGGAGGGCUCCGACAGAGAAAUCAAGGCCCACCUCGAAGACCCGAACGCCCCGUUCGGCGUCGACCUGCUCAUCCCUCAAGUCGGCGGACAGGCGCGAAAGACUAACCUUCCCGAGCUGACUGAUGUCAUAAUCCAAGGCGGCGCGAAGCUCUUCGUGUGCGCCGUCGGCGUCCCUCCCAAAGAGAUGGUCGACAAGCUGCACGCCGCCGGCAUCGUCGUGAUGAAGUACCAUGUCGGCCACCCGAAGCACGUCCCGAAGGCGCUCGCCCAAGGCGUCGACGUCAUCUGCGCCCAGGGCGGCGAGGGCGGCGGCCACACCGGCGAGACGCCCUUCUCCGUGCUCAUCCCCGCCGUCAUCGACCUCUGCCGCACCGCACGGAGCCCGCUCACGGGCGAGCCCGUCAUCGUCGUCGCCGCGGGCGGCAUCGCGGACGGGCGCGGGCUCGCGGCCGCGUUCGCAUACGGGGCCGCGGGCGUGUGGGUCGGCACGCGGUUCGUCGCGAGCGAGGAGGCGGGCGCGCCGAAGGUGCACAAGGACCUGGUGCUCAGCGCGGGCGGGCGGCCGAUGCACGUGCGCAAGACGGCUUAUGUGGCCAGCUGGUGCGUGUGGUGUGGAGGCAGAAAGAUUCCCAACGAGGUUGAGCUGGAGCAGCAUCCAGAGAAGUCGAUGGAAAGCCGCAUGUGGCUCAUGGGCAAGGUGGCCGGGUCGAUCAAAGACAUCAAGCCAGCAAAGGAAAUCGUCGACGAGCUAGUAAAUACAGCGGUCGCCAGCAUACAAGGCUCUUCCCAUUUCGUGCUGAGAAAGCCAAGCUGUGAUUAUUGA